CUUAAACUACACACACCAUGGCUCAUCUUCAAUCUCUUAAUAACCUUAUUGAGACCAGUCACAUCUCUCCCUCAAACGGUACCGUUCCGUCCACCACUCUUCCUCUCACGUUUUUUGAUGCACCGUGGCUUACUCUCCCACUCGGCGAAUCUCUCUUCUUCUUUUCUUACAAAAACUCAACUGAAUGUUUCCUCAAAGAUUACCUCCCUAACCUCAAACAAUCACUCUCCCUUACUCUCCAACAUUUCUUCCCUUACGCCGGUAAACUAAUCACUCCACCUCGUCCUGACCUUCCCUACUUACGCUACAACGAUGGCCAAGACUCUCUUCUUUUCACAGUCGCUGAGUCCAUAGGAACUGAUUUCGACCUUCUCAUAACCGAUUCUCCUAAAGACAUCAGAGUGUUGCAUGACUUCUUGCCCAAGUUACCUCCUCCUCAUGUCUCUCCGGAGGGAAUUCAGACACGGCCAAUAAUGGUGAUACAAGUCACCAUCUUCCCUGGAAAAGGAAUCUGCAUAGGUAACACGUCUACACACGUUGCAGGAGAUGGAGUCACUUUCACUCACUUCAUGAAGUAUUGGAUGUCACUGACCAAAUCCAUCGGUAAAGAUCCUUCCACGCUUCACCUACCCUCUCCUCCUAUUCACAGCUGCAGAACCAUUAUUAAGGAUCCAGGCGAGGUAGCCGCAGGACAUUUGGAGCGGUUUUGGAGUCAAAGCUCUGGAAAACACAACUCACAUCCCACGCCUGAGAACAUGGUCAGAGCUUCUUUUACAAUGAGUCGGAAUCAGAUAGACAAUCUCAAGAGUUUGGUUACAGAAAAUUCUGAGAAUCAAUCUCCUGUUUCGACCUUUGUGGUUACUCUAGCUUUCGCUUGGGUGAACUUGAUCAAGGCACUUGUUCAAGACAGUAGUGAAACAGAGGAAGACAAAGACGAGCAAGUCUUCCACUUGAUGAUUAAUGUGGAUUGCAGGAAGCGUAUCAAGUACACAGAACCGAUACCACCCACAUACUUUGGCAACUGUAUGGCUCCUGGUAUCGUAUCUGUCAAGAAACGAGAUUUGUUAGGAGAAAAAGGGGUUUUGGCUGCUUCAGACGCAAUUACGUGGAGAAUCAAAGAUAUGUUAUCAAGUGAUUUAUUGAAGACAGCACCGAGUUGGGGACAAGGAGUACGUAAAUGGGUCAUGUCAAGUUUUCCAACUUCUAUUGCAGGAGCUCCUACACUAGGACUAUAUGAUAUGGAUUUUGGGUUAGGGAAGCCCUGCAAAAUGGACUUGGUGCACAUUGAAACAGGUGGUUCUAUUGCUUUCUCAGAGUCAAGAGAUGGGAGUAAUGGAGUAGAGGUUGGAUUAGCACUGGAGAAGACGAAAAUGGAUACCUUUGUUUCGAUUUGGCAACAGGGGAUCAAGAAGUUCAACAAGUAGCAUGCAUGAUACAAACGAGUUCACUAGCUCUGUUUCAUGCAUAUCAUAGACCUUUCUCCAUACAAGAACUUAAAGUUAACUAAGUUCAACAACCAUUCUCGAAAUAAUUAUGAUUAGCUACUUUCCACCAAGGUCACUGAUUAUAUUUCCAUCCUCUCAUCCAAAAACUUUAUUAUGUUAAUAUUUCCACCACGUUACUCCUUUCCUCAGAUAAUAUAUCAUUACCUCUUUGUAUCAAAUUCAGCCAAAUGGUAUAGUAGCGACCAGAUCAAAAAGAA